AUGGGGCUCGCGCCGGGGGGAAUGCGGCGCCGCUUCAAGGCGCACCUGCUGCAGGUGCGAGCGUCAAAGACGACGCCGCUGCUCCUCAAGUACCUCGAGGACUCCGAGGGCCGCACGGGCGCACUCUUCGUGCCCGCCAACCCGCGCGCGUACGUCGGCUUGCGCGAGGUCGAGGCUUGGAAGGCGCCCGAGCAGGUGAGGCCGCCGCCCAUCGCCGCGGCAGAGCCGGCGGCGUUGGACGGCGGGGGAGAGGUCGGCGGGGCCGUCGCGGCUGCGGACGCGCGUGGCGGGCUUGAGCUGCACCUCGACCCGCGGCGCACGAUGGACGGGUACAGCGGCACCGGCUACCGCGGCGUGUUUGAGGACUACUGGCCGAGCGGGUACAAGCGCGAGCGGCCGUUCACCGUGAUGUACGACGGCUCGUACGUCGGCCGCUACGCGACGGUGCUCCGCGCGGCGGUCCAGUUCGCGCGGCUCGAGAAGGGGAUGCCUCUCCUCGACAUGGCUCGCGUGUGA